AUGUUUCGUCGACUUCCCUCAGGUCUUCCCAAAGAUCCUAAGUUUGAACCUACUCUAGAUGGGCUUGGAUACUUUAUCAACGAGAAAGAUGAAAUCCGCUCUAUUGAGAAUCCAAAGGCUUACUUCAAAUUCUUCCUGACCAAGAAUGAACGUUACAACCAACUUCAUCGCGAAGCUAUGAAUCAGGCCAUCCGCGAUGUAGUGACGGAACGGCUUCUCAAUCUUGGCCUGAAACAGAUCCUCCUGCCUCUCAAUGUUCCCAAAACUUCCCCCCACAUCCAUAUCCUAACAUCAUCCAACAUUUCCACGGCUUCUCGAGUUAUCGUGCUAUUCUACGAACCUAAAGACGAUCUUGGAGUUUUUGCUCAUCGUAUAUUAGGUGGGGCAGGUGGAAUCGACGCGGGUUCUGCCGUCAAUAUGGUCAAGUAUAUUCAAGAGAAGGGCCAAUCUCCAACUGAAUCAGAGCCACCAGCCAUCAUCCUCGCCAAUAUGGGUCAACUGUUUUGGUAUCGUCGCGGCCAAAAAGCCGUCACCUUAACGACCUGGUCCGCAUUGCCUCAAAAUAGUUGUGUCGAGAAAGCCAUUCGCCUUGAUCCUAUCAAAAACACUGUUCCCGGAAAUCGCGACACGGAUGAACAUAUUGAUUAUAUUUUUAACCAUGUCAUUGAAGAUCUUAUGUCAAAGACGGCAAAAGUCGACAUAAUUGGUGUUUCUGAAGGUGCCAUGGGCGUAUCUCGAUUCUUGGACAAGCUGGAAAAUUGGAAAAAAUGGGGACCUCGCAUUCAAGCAUUCGCAGCUUUAGCUACAUGGUGGCAUUCCAUUGAUUGCAAGAAUCCUCUUUUCCUCGAAUGGUUACAGGCUCGUGGUCGUGUGUACACUACCUCUCCCGAGCCCGUGGGUACCUACCUUGUAGGCCCUGAAGGUAGUCGAACUUUUGCCGCAUUUGGAAGUCCGGUUUUCAGCUUAAGUGAGAGUUAUUAUACCGAAUGUCUCUUGCCCAAAGGUUAUCAUACGGUGAUUGACUUCUUCCAGGAGGUUGCGAAUUGUGAUAGUCAGGGUGGAGAUUACGUAAAUCCAACGUUUGUGAGACUGACUGAUGAUGAUGCGGACUAUGAGGACAUGGGAUUUGGAGAUGAGGGAUUUGGCGAUGAGGAAAGAGGGGAUGGUAUUGAGCUUAAGUUAGAGGAUGGGGAAGGUGGCGAGAAAUAG